ACCAGACGAGCGCUCCUAUGUAUCAGCGCGACGAGAGCACCGCACUGUUCCCUCGGAGGAGCCUCAGGACUGACACGGCAGGAGGGCUCGAGAGUGACGCACAGCAGAGGAGCUUGAGAGUGACGCACGGCAGAGGAGCUUGAGAGUGACGCACGGCAGAGGAGCAUAAGAGUGACACGUGACAGGAGAACUUGAGCGCCCUGAAAGUGAAGAUGGAGGACGCCGACGACUGCAUCAGGGUCGGGGUGGGAAAUUUCAUGCCGCACAUCAUCACCGGCGGCAAUGCGACGCACCCGAUCAUCCGAGGCACGAUACUGGAGCUGUUCGAGUCCAUUGGCCACAAGCUGGGACGAUGCGUGCGCUACAUCAUGGAGCCGAACAACAUGGGCGGCAUAAAGCUGCCCAACGGGACCUGGACGGGCAUCAUGGGCAUGCUGCAGCGAGACGUAAUCGACAUCACGACCAUUGGCAUCCUGUCCCACGCGCGGACCGAGGUGUGCGACUGGACCGAAUACCUGUACAUGGAGGAGCACACCGUCAGCUACAGGCGCCCCGUCAUCGAGUCCGACAUAGGAGGCUUCUAUAAACCUUUCUCGUGGGAGGUGUGGCUGUGGGUGGCUCUGGUGCUGGCGGUGAUGCCCACCUGCCACACGCUGCUCAGGAAGGCACGCCAGCGACUGCCGCGCCCCCAAGAAAGCAGGGUGAAGACAGGAGACCACCAGGAGCAGCCUCCCGCCCAGGGCAACGUGGUGCACGACUCCCUGAUGUGGACCGUGUCAGCCCUCCUGGCCCAGUCGCUGCCUCUGCGAACUCCUCGUGGCGUGGUGAAGGUGCUGACGGGGCUGUGGCUGCUGCUGGCCCUCAUCCUGGUUACGGUGUACCGCUCCAACCUCAAGGCGAUGCUCAUCCUGCCCAAGCUCAACCUGCCCUUCGACAGUCUGGAGGAGCUGACGAACACUCGCAUCCCCGUCUGGGUAUCGAUAAGCUCAGUGCUCCACGCGGCUGCCCUGGAUGGGGAGAAGGACUCCACCAUGGGACGCUUCAACCUGCUCAUCAACAGCGUGGGCAAGCCGAACAACGUGAGCCAGGCGAUCGUGGAGUUGCUGGCGGGACUGCAAGCCUUGGGCGGGCCUCGCUCCGCCCUGGUCCAGAUCAUACACGCACACUUCGCGAAGACAGGGAACUGUUCUCUCUACCUGAUGUCCCAGAGCUUCCUGAAGACCAACAUUGGCUGCCUCUUUCUUCAAAAAAAUUCUCCGCUGAAGGAUAAAGUUGACCCCAUAAUAAGUAACUGGCGGGAGUUCGGGAUACUGGAUCGCAUGUACCGUCGCGGCGUGGCCAAGGCCGAGGAGUGCCUCAAGCCCAUCUCGGCGAGGCUGGACUCGUGGCGCACCCUCAGCCUGGGGGACUUUUACGGCGUCUUCUUGGUCUACGCUGGCGGAGUGGUAAUAGCAGUCGUGGUGUUCAUGAUCGAAGUGACGUUUGGGAAAUCCCUCAAGACACACAAGAACCAACGGAUGUUCUACUAAACCUACAAACAUCUUAUAAUCGAAAACAUACUGCCUGGGUUAUACUGGAACGAUUCUUCUUGUCCAUAAUGGUGUGAGAAUACGCAAAAUGUCAUUGUGAUAUGUAGCCGUACGUGUAUCCUCAAAAACCUACAUUACAUUAGAUUAGAAUAAAGGUUCAGCAUUAUAAGUCUCUAAUUUCCUCAUAAAAAGGUGGUGAUAAAUAAGUGUGUGUGUGUGUGUGUGUGUGUGUGUGUGUGUGUGUGUGUCGUUGCUGAGUUUA